AUGUGUUCCAUCAAUGUGGCGGGCACUGCAAGCUGCUGGAAGAGGACGAAGCGCUGCAAUGCAGCACGGACCAAAUGGCUAGGUGGGAAGCGAGAAGGCAGGGAAAUGUACAAGAAGGCCCGGGUGAAGCAGUCCAAUCUGCAGAAUGCCAGGGCUGAGGUACACAAGUUCCUGCAACACCACGGCAUUUACAGUGACAGCUUCGAUGCAAACGUGGCCAAGGAGUCGUUUUGUGGUUUGUACCGAACCUAUCCACUUCAUUUGGCAGCAAAAAGGGAGACUGGCAGACGCUGGCAGACGGUUCGUCUGCUCCUGCACUUCGGCGCAAACCCCUUGCAGCUGGACAGCCGCGAAAGCACUCCUUACUACUGCAUGGGGCAAAUUGCGCGGAUGAGAGCUCAGAGCCUAACAAGCUUUUGUGGCAUUGAAUGUCCGGAUGUGCAAAGGUAG